CGUCGAUCGCCGCUGUCCGCUCCGGCGGCGCGCGCCACCACCCUCUGCCCUCCGUGCGCGUCUGUGCGUUGUGCUCAGGCCUGGUCGGAUGGAUUGGGGGAGGUAAGGAGGACUGUGCGUUGGCCUGGUGGCAUCGUGGUGCAAGAGCAGAUUAGCUGGAUGUGGAAGUGUUGUCUGGCCAUACACAUCACGCCAGUGAACCUUUUUCACUGCAUAAGAUGCAGUCGCGCUGUCAACGGUAUAACGACUGGGCAACGCUGGACAUCAUGCAGCAAGUCGCCAGAUGUGGGGCAUCAAUACCUGCUUGUCCGUGGUCAUGCCAAUCGCCCGGCGAAAUCAGCGCGGGGGCGAGUGGAAAGUGAAUUGACGGCAUCGCGCGCGCCGCCGGACUUUCUCGCUGCGCGCCGCAGUCGUCACCGGUGAGGGCACGUGUUCGGCCAGAACGGCCGGCGAUCAUACGUCCGGCGAGAGUGUCGAGUGCCGUCCGUCCGGUCCGGCUCCGUCCGGACCUCCGGAGUGGCCGACUGACUGACAAAGAGGGCGAGCGGCUGCCGGAGCUGAGACUGGACCGACGGAACAGCCGAACGCUGGGCGUCUGCCUCUGGACGCUGCGUUCCUGGCUUGACUUGAACUUGGACCACCGGAGUAGCCAACCGCUCGGCGCCUGAUGUCUCCGACGGCCCCGACCGGAUCCGGACAACCAGCGCAGCUCGGCACCGGCACGCAUCAGCCGCGCCCAAAGGAGAGCGAGAAGUUGUCGAGGGUGCACCCGACAGCAGUCAGAGAGUGAGCAGGAGCCCUGCAACAGAUGGGCUGAACGUCAGACGUUCGCUAGACCGGGCCGGUCAGGAGACGGCUAGGAGAUUGUCAGGAGGUGGCCAGGAGGCGGACAGGCGCCGAGGGAUGCCGCUCGUCUCCGGACUGCUGCUGUGGCGGCCGCGGCGCAGGGCGCGCGGCCCCUCCCUUUGUGCAGGCCUGUUCGCGGCUCGACGCCAGCGCGCGGCGGUGCCCGUCCAGCGCAGCGUGCCCCGCAUCGUCAUCACAGUGCGCCGCCAGAACGAAGGAGACGUGCAGGGCGAGGUGGACGAGCUGACGGAACGCGAGCUGGCGCUGUGUCGCCGGCCGGACGAGCCGGACGAGCCGCCGGUCAGAGCUGGCAGCGGUGAUGGCGGCGGACACCUCACGUUCUCGCCGAGUGGUGUUACCAGCCGACCGAUCAACGCCGCGCGGCAUGAACCGGCGCUUGCCGUCGCGCCCGGACCGCCAGCCAGCCCCGAAGAGCCCGUGUGCGCACCGGGGAGCGCGUGCACCAGGUCAAAUCGGCGGAGGAGCGGCGGAGUGAGCGACCCAGACGGCUCGGGCGCGCACCCGCUGACCUCCGCCGAGUUCUCGACCGGCGGUGGACUGCGUCCGCCAAACAGCCACGACAACCAGCCCGAGAGAGCCGCUCGUCGGCCGCGCGUCGACGCCGGCGGCGCCGCGUCGCCUGCAUCGAGUCUGCGCCAGCUGUGGCUGGCCGGCGGCGGCGGCGCCGGUCCGGCCACAUGUGCUCUGCUGGCCCGCAUCGCCAUCGUGUGCCAAACGGACCUGGAGGAGCGGGCGCCGUGGGGCCGCCGUCUCGGCAGCGACGUCUCCUCCGAGAGCGCGUUGUCUUCGCCGGAGCUGCGCAGGGACACGGAGUCAGAGCCCGGCACCGACAACUCGCUGACCGGUGACCUGAGGUCAUACCUGAGCAGCCGGUUUCCGAAGGGCUCGGUGGACCACGAGCUUCAGAACACCAUCCGGGAUCACCUGUACCUGCGCACUGUACCCGUCACCACUAGACCUCCGCGCGAGGGGGAGGUUCCGGGCGUUGAUUAUACGUUUCUUAGUGUAGAAGAGUUCAGAGACUUGGAGAGAUCCGGCAAUCUUCUAGAGAGCGGAGUGUACGAAGGUCACCGCUAUGGCACGCCGCGGCCAGCGUCGGAGCCGGCGCCGGCGAGGCCGAGCGUGAGCGACGACACACUGCUGCCAGGCCAGCACCCGAGCGCCGAGGGCAAGCGGCGACGGAACCGCUCCACCGAGGCGGCCAUGGCGGCGCAGGGCGCACUGCCGGCCGCCUACCAGGCGCCAGAGUACCGGUCUGCGCCGGCCCACGCCAGUCGACCGGAGACCAACGGCUGGGAGGGCCCGGAGCCGGCCUGGCAGUCGACUGAGCCGGCGGCCUCCUCCGACCUGGGCCCGCUGCCCGACGGCUGGCAGAAGGCCUACACAGAGCGCGGCGAGAGAUACUUCAUCAACCACGAGACGGGCACGUCCCACUGGCUGGAUCCCCGGCUAGCGCGCGUGCAGAAGAAGUCGCUGGCCGAAUGUGAGGACCACGAGCUUCCCUACGGUUGGGAGCGCAUUGACGACGUCACCUACGGCACGUACUACAUCGACCACGUCAACCGGCGCACCCAGUACGAGAACCCGGUGCACGAGGCCAAGCGGCGGCUGCAGCAGGACCGGGGCGUCGACACCGGGCCGUCUCGGCCAGACGGCGCGGCCGGCGCCAGCGAGAGCAGCACCUUGCCGCGUCAGAAGCGGCCUCAGGAGGCCCAGCUGUCGGCCGAGGGCUCGGAUGGCUCACCAGAGUCCGGCGGCGCCUCCCAGCCGGCCCGGCGCGGCAGCAGCCGCUCUCUGCUCCCCUGCCUCCCCUGCCUGGGCGCAGAGAAGAGCGACUCGCUGGCGCCGGUGUACGCUCGCCACGUGUACACGCGGCCGCGCAAGAAGCCGUCGCGGCACACGCAGCGCCUCUCAUCCCGCUCCCUCUCCGAGUCGUUCCCCUCGGCCACCUCCACGCCCACCCUUCCCAAGGCCGCCUUCACGCUGGAGCGGCCGUUCCAGCUGGCGGUGUCGCACGCGCACAGCGCCAGCGACCCGGCCGUGUGGCGCGCCGGCCAGAUGCCCACGCUCGGCCAGACGAUCGUGCCGCGCUUCGCUCGGCCCGUUUUCCCACGACGGACCAAGUACCAGAACGUGCACUUCGAGCGGCGGUUGAGCGACGAGCAGGUGCCGGCCGCGUUCGUCACCAGUCCGGCCGAGUACCUGCGCACGCCGGCCUACGUCGGCUACUCGCUGCCGGACAUAGCGGCCAGCUCGCAGCUCGCCGCCUUCCGCCCGGCCUCCCCGGACGGCGCGGCAUCUCGCGAGCAGGCGGACGACUCGCGCUUCUCGCCGCCGCCGCGUGACGGCGCCGGUGAGCAGCCGCAGCACGCGCGCCACGCCUCUCUGCAGCUGAGCCGGGCGCCGGCCGUCUGGCACGGCAGGAGCCUGUCCAACCCGGUGUCCGGCUCUCAGGCCAUGUCCGUGCCGCGUGACCCGGCCCGGCCCUCCUUCCACCCGAUUCCGCACCGCUUCCCUGGCGCAGCGGACGAGGAGCGGGUGCGAUCGGCGAGCCCCGCUCCCGGCGUCGGCCCCAGAGACGAGCGGCCGCCCCUCUUCAGGCGGCACCCGUCUGAGCUAAGUGGUCGGAUGCUGCGCACCACGCUCUGCAAGUCGCCACAAGGCCUCGGAUUCACCAUUGUGGGCGGCGACGAUGACGAGGAGGAGGAGUUGCUGCAGAUCAAGUCACUGGUGCCGCAGGGCCCCGCGUGGCUGGACGGACAGUUGCAGACCGGUGACGUACUGGUGUAUGUCAACGGCCAGUGCGUGCUGGGCUACACGCACCAGGACAUGGUGCACAUGUUCCAGACGAUCGGCGCCGGCGAGCUGGUGCAGCUGGAGGUGUGCCGCGGCUACCCGCUGCCCUUCGACCCGGACGACCCCAGCACAGAGAUCGUCAGCACGGUGGCCGUCAACGCUGCCGACGCGGGCCCGCCGCCCCGGCCGCAGGGCUCGGUAGAGCGGGGCGGCGGCCGGCGGCCAGGCUCGCCGCCCGGCUCCGACCGCAGCGCAGACACGUCCAAGUCGAUGCCGGACCUGAGCGGCGCCGAGCCGCCGCGGCCCGUCCACCGGCCCAGCUCGGUCGACCUGCUCUCGACAGACACCGUGCCGCCGACAGCUCCAAAGCCACGCUUCCUCACCGUGCCGAUCGUGAAGGGAGACGCUGGCUUCGGCUUCACGGUUGCCGACUCCUUUCGCGGCCAGAAGGUGAAGAAGAUCCUGGACCGUGGUCGGUGCAAGGACCUGCAGGAAGGUGACAUCUUGGUGCAAAUCAACGACAUCCAGAUCAAGGCCAUGGCGCACACGGAUGUGGUACAGGUGCUGAAGGACUGCCCCGUAUAUCAGGAGUCCAACGUCACCGUACAGCGGGGCGGCUCGCACAGCUCUUCCAAGUCGUACUUGCGCCGGCCGGGUACCCGCAGCGGCCACCAGCGCAGCCAGAGUGCCGCCUCCGCGCCGUACCCGGGCGAGCCGGGCCGGGCACGCACACCGUCCACGGACACGGACGGCGGCCAGCUGGCGCCGCUGUACCGGCCCACCGAGCCGUACUCGGGCCGCGGUGACGUCGGCGAGUACCGGCCGCACGCGCCGGCGGAGCAGUACGGCGCGGCGUAUCCCGAGUACGGCGGUGACCAGACGUACCGGGCCGUGCGGGCCGCGCCCUUCCCCGGCCACGAGCGCUCGCCAGCCUCCCACCAGCUAUGUGGCGGGCCCGGGCCCCGCCAGCGGCGCAAGCAGAGCACCAGCUUCGAGCAGGAGCUGCCGGCGCCGUCGUCGGUGCUGCGCGUGCAGCGGCCGUCACCGGGUGCCGGCCAGUGGGUGGAGACGGCCGUCACCCUACUGCGCCUGGAGACCGGAUUCGGCUUCCGCAUCGUCGGCGGCACCGAGGAGGGCUCUCAGGUUUCCAUCGGGCACAUUGUGCCGGGCGGUGCGGCCGACCUGGACGGCCGGCUGCGAACGGGCGACGAGAUCGUCUCAGUCGAUGGCCAGCUGGUGAUCGGCUCCUCCCACCACUACGCCGUCCAUCUGGUCAACCAGGCGGCCAGCAACGGCCGGGUCCAGCUGAACGUGCGUCGCUUGCUGUCGCCGCCGGGCCGAGCGCGCGCUGCGCCGGCCCAUCUCACCUACCCGCGCCAGGUGGCCGUCACACGCCGCCAGGGCGAGGGCUUCGGCUUCGUCAUCAUCUCGUCGGCCGGCCGCUCGGGCGCCACCAUCGGCCGCGUGCUGGAGGGCAGCCCGGCCGACCGCUGCGGCCGUCUCUUCGUCGGCGACCGCGUGCUGGCCGUGCACGACACGCCCAUAGCGGGCAUGCACCACGACCAGGUGGUAGCGUUGAUCAAAGACGGCGGCUACCGUGUGCUGCUGACGCUGGGACCGCCGGCUGACGACUCGUCCAGCACCACAUCCACGCCGCAGAAGGACGAGGAGUACCCGGUCGGGGACGGACCAGCCGGCGAGUACGACCUUCACGCCAUGCAGUUCCAGCGAGGUCCGCAGGGGUUCGGCUUCUCGAUCCGAGGCGGCCGAGAGUUCCAGCACAUGGGCCUGUUCGUGCUGAGGAUCGCCGAGGACGGGCCGGCCGCGCUGGAUGGCAGGCUGAGGGUGGGUGACCAGAUUCUGGAGAUAAACGAGACCAGCACGAAGGACCUGACACACGGCGAGGCGAUCGAACUAAUCCGGCGGGGUGGUGCCACCGUCCGCCUGCUGGUCCGCCGAGGCGGCCCGCUGCUCCCGGAGAUGCCCGAGCAGUCUGCACCGUCCUCGCUGACGCCGUCCUCAGCGGGCGGCACGGCCCGCUCCUCAUCGGCGCUGUCCCAGCCGUACCCGGGCCAGCACGGCCAGCAGCCGGCCCCGCGGGGCCACCAGCAGUCCCAGCAAUACCAGCCCCAGUACGGCCACCACACCUCCCAGGCUUAUCCGGCCGAGGACGGCCACCAAAUGUCUCAGUCUUAUCCGACCCAGCACGGCCACCAAAUGUCUCAGUCUUAUUCGGCGCAAAACGGAUCUGUCGCGCCCCAGUCGUACCAGACUCAGCACGGCAGCCAGUUGUAUCGGACUCAGUACGGCGACGAGUCGUACCUGGCCCAGCACAACCACCAACCGUCGCAGUCGUAUCAGGCGCAGCACAACCACCAAGCCUCGCAGUCAUAUUCAGCUCAGCACAGCCACCAACCGUCUCAGUCGCAUUCGGCCCAUCACAACCACCGAGCCGCCCACUCGUAUGUAUCACUGCACAACCACCAAACCUCCCAGACUUAUUCGGCGCAGUACAACCACCACCCGUCACAGUCGUAUCCGGGCCGGUACGACCACCCGUCGUACGCGCCCGAGUACAACUACGGGCCGGUCGAGUCGUACCCGGGCCGGCACGAGCCCCAGCCGUACCCGUCCUCGGCCAGCGCCGAUGGGUCGAGGCCAGCGAGCGGCCCGCUCGGCCAGAGCUCGCCACUCAGUCCACAGGAGCUGGCCUACUGGCGGCGGCAGGCCAACGUCUAGCAGCGUCGCCGCCCAGUGCGUGAGCUGUGGUACUGCUUGCCGGUGUCAACCACUGCCAGUGCAGGUGGCAAGAUCAGUCAGCCUCGUCAUUCCAUUUGUUUCGUGUUGUGUGUCGGUGUGCCACGGUCGCAAAAAAACCGCGGACGCGCCACUGUUUGACAGUGCUGCCGUAUUUUAUCCGCGGGGAGGCGAUGGCUUUAUGACUGUGACGCUCAAAGGGGCUGUUUUAACAAACGUUGAAUGAACUGCCAGAAAGCAUUGCAAUCACUAGCACGUUAUGUUAUUGAUGUAGUACCGAUUGCGUAUGCCGUGCUUAUUUUGCAGCAGUUCAAUGCAGGGUGUUGUAGAUGAUAAACCAACGCCACUACUGAGUGAUGACUUUCUGCUAUGCGUUUCAUCUUCCUUUGUUUGCGCUUGCUGCUUUCGAAAAGACAAUCAUUAUCCCCGUGAUCGACUGUCUGGAUGGCGAGCCUUUGUGCAACGUUUCCGCCCAGGCGUGGUGUGGUUGAUAGCCUGUUGGUGCGCUGAUUGACUUAGAGCCACCACUCCAGGUCAGCCUGGGGCCAGCAUUGUACAAGUGAUUGAUCAAAUCGUGCUGAAAACUAAUACAAUAUUUAC